UAGAACAUAAUUUAAUGAUUUAAGGAAAGCCCCCAAUAAAGCAAAUACAAAAACAGAAUUAGCAAUCUUCGUGGCCCUUUCGUCUUCUCUCCCUACCCCACCUUGGACUACCGGAAAAUGGCCAAGGUGGUGGUUUACACGAUACUAACCGCCACCAUCAUCUUCCUCAUCCUCCUCGCUCAUAAGAAACAAAACCAGACUCAAUCCAUUGAGGGUCUCAUAACCCGCCGCAUCGGACGGAGGCUUGAAAUGCCGGUGUUUGACCCUUUGGUGACCCGGAUUGAGAGGUUGUCUCAUGAGAAAGAAGCUGGUACGAAGACCGUGGAGGCUGCGAAAGAGGAGAAAGAUGAUAUGUUUGAGGAGUAUUUUGCACAAGAGAGAAGGCUUAACACGACAAUGAGGAUCAAGUUCUUGUUUCCUCUGCUUGACGCGUCUCCAAGAGAUGGCUUUGUGAGCUUGAAAGAGCUUCAGACAUGGAUGAUGCAACAGACAGAAGACAACAUGGUUUACAGAACCGCCAAAGAGCUUGAGCUACAAGAUAAGGACAAGGACGGUGUCAUAACUUUCGAAGAGUACUUGCCUCAAUUCUCUAAACAAGACAUUGAGAAAAACGAGAAGGGUCACGGUGAAGCCGGUUGGUGGAUGGAGCAAUUCAAGAAUUCUGAUUUUGAUCAUAAUGGCUCUCUCGACAUUGAGGAGUUCAACAAUUUCUUGCACCCUGAAGACAGCAGAAACGGAGAUACACAAAGAUGGGUUCUAAAGGAGCGAAUGACGGGCAUGGACACGAACGGUGAUGGGAAGCUAGAGUACAAAGAGUUUGUAAAAAAUGCAUAUGAAAUGUAUAAAGAAUUCGCAAAGUUCGAGAAAGAGGAGGAUGAGAAUGUGCCAACACCUCAGCUUCUGUUCGCAGAGAUGGACAGAGACAAAGACAGAUUCCUCGUGGCCGAUGAGCUUCGACCCAUUUUGCAAUAUCUUCAACCUGGUGAGAUGAGUUAUGCCAAAUUCUAUUCUACUUUCCUUUGCCACGAGGCGGAUGAGGAUAAAGAUGGUAAACUAUCUCUUGAAGAGAUGUUGCACCACGAAGAUGUCUUUUACAAGGCAGUUCAUCACGAAGACUUGGACGACGAAGACUAUUUUGAUCAUGAUGAACUCUAACUUUUGAAUUUGUUUUCCUUCAAAUUUUAAUCAUAAUUUUUUUUUGUUCAAUUGACUUCUUAAUUCAUCUCGUCUAGAAUGGGUAUGUUAGAUUGUUAGGCAACGAGAUUACAUGCACAAAUUCCACCGUGGUUGCGUUGAUAGUUGGCUUUUGAAGAGUCCACAAUGUAUAUAAUACAAUGUCAAGAUUUUUUUUUUUUUUUUGUGAUAUGAUAAACCAGAGAAUGUCACAAAACAAAAAGAAUUAUAGAUGCCUAAAGAAAAUAUCAAGUAGCUAAAAAUUGGAACCACCAACUGUGGCAUGAGCCAUGCGUUUCUUUUCAAAAAAUUUCUCUUAGUCGUUGGAAGAUGCAUUUAUUUGUAAAUGUAGUUUCAACGCUUGUGAAAGUGGGAUAUAUAAUAAUAUAAAGCUGGUUCUGUUUGUGAGGUAUCUUCAUAUCUCCAUUUCUAUGGGAAGACUAGAGUGUUAGACAUAGUUACAGGUU